UCUAAAAUAGCGUCACCCGUUAAUUGGUCAGUAAAAAAAUGAGGUGAAAGGUGGAGAGUAAGGUAAAAAUUGAGUUCGAAAGAGAGAAAAGUCGACAGAACGAAAGAAAGUAAGAGAAAGUAAGAAAGAGACUUUACCUUUCGACUACACCUUUAUGGUGGACAGUUAAUGCUAAAAUAUACUGACCGUUUGUAGGAAGCAUCAAGAGGAGAUGAUGAUAUAUAAAAGGGAAUCACAUUACGAAUUAUAACUUCAUUCACUUGAUCACAGUUCAACUAAUCACAUCAACCAAAUUAAUUAAGUUCCAUCACUAAAACCAAAAGGAUCUAAAUUAUGUCUCUUUCCAGUCGUAAAACGGGCUUAUCGCUCGCUUUCUUAGUUCUAGUUGUACUCCAAUUGGUUCUUGUUAACUAUUAUGUUACACAAGUUGAAGGAAGUCGACGAAAACUCCUCAAGAUCAAGAAACUCGCUGCUUUGGCCCUUCUCAUGAAACACUCAAAGAAAAAGAAGUUCGGAGUUUUACCUGUCCCAAUCCCAAUUCCUUUACCUCUUGAAUUGGAAGCCAAGUCAUGGCCCAAACAAUCCUGGCCCGCUCCAUCUUGGCCUGCACCUUCAUGGCCUUCGGUACCUUCAUGGGAACCCUCAUCAUGGGGAGGUGAUAACUGGGGAGCUGCCUCCUCAUACCCUGCACCCGCUGCUGCCUCAUACGGUGCUCCAUCAUACGGUGGUCCCUCAUAUGGUGCCCCAUCAUACGGAGCCCCAGCUGCCCCAGCUUACGGUCAUGGCUUAGGUCACGGUGAAGAUUACUCAGCCGCCGCUGGUGCUGGUUAUGGUGCUUCAUCUGGAUGGUAAAACAAAUUACACCUCGUAUUCAAUUUUACCACUUGAACCAUUUGAAACUAAUCAACAAAGAAAACAAACUCAUUGUAAAAUAAUUGUCCUCGUUUUUAAUUAUAAUUGUGUAAAAAAAAAUCUUCUAAUUGUAAUAUGAUUUGUAAUCGAAACCUUUACAAUCAAUUGUCAAGGUUUAAUUACAUUCUCCCAAAGAGAGAAAGGUAACUUUCCAAUCUUUUACCAAUGUAACUUUUUAAAUCACCUUGCUGGAAAUACAAUUGACACAAAUCAAACAA